CGAAGCUGCCUGAACUGCACAGUUGCCAGUCUCGACGGUCGUCGUCCUCGCCGCUGCCCCCCACGUCGGAGGCCGGAGAUGGAGAGCGCGGUGGUGCUCCGGGAGUGGUUCGACCGCGUCGACGCCGCCCGCACCGGCAACAUCACCGCUCCUCAGCUCCAGAGCGCGCUCGCCGUGGGCAACCUUGACUUCCCUCUCUCUGUUGUGCAGCAGAUGAUAAGGAUGUAUGACUUUGAUCGGAACGGCACCAUGAGCUUCGAAGAGUUUCUGGCUCUUAACAAGUUCCUUCAGAAGGUGCAAAGUGUCUUCUCCACACUAGAAAGGGGUCGUGGAUUUCUCAGUCUUGAGGAGGUGUAUGAGGCAUUAAUCAAACUUGGUUUCUCAUUGGAUUCACCUGCUUUCUACACCGUUUGUGAGAGCUUUGACAAGAGCAAGAAGGGGAUGGUUCAUUUGGAUGAGUUUAUAUCACUUUGCAUUUUUGUGCAGUCAGCUCGUAACAUGUUCAAUUCAUUCGAUACAAGCAAGCAAGGAAGAGUGAGUUUGGAUUUUAACCAAUUUGUUUACUGCACGGCAAACUGCAGGAUAUAGCUUCUACUUGGCACUUGUACAUGGAGACACCAACAAAGUUUGCAGUGAAGCGCGAACCAUUCACCAAUCAAACCUUAUUCCAGCAUCGGCAGCUGGAUGCUACUGCAAUUCAUUGUUUCCGAAACGAGGCUUCUUGUACAACAUUUUGCUUGAAUAUUCUUCAGGGUCGGCUGCUCGUCAUUUUGCGUCCAAUUUACAACAGUCUUGGCCUGUAUAUGUAGAAUGAGACAUGGAAAUUUGUGAUUGUAUUGUAUCAAUAUCAGUUAGUCCGUACACACUCUUUUGUAUUGUCGUUUUCCUUUGUUCA